GAUUGACGCUGUGGCGUGCGUGCCUCUUUCUGAUGUCACGCGCUCGUCUUUCUGGAUUAAAGAUGAUCUCUUUAAAACAGUGAAAUCAAGGCCUAACUCGUUUGGAAAUCAAGGAUAAUGGACAAGGUCUCAGGCCCUUGAUACUGGUAUGCAUCCCUAUGGAUGAAGCAUGUCUUUAAUGGAGCUUCAGGACAAAAGUGAACGUGUCUACAGAAGCACUGGCAUCAGGAGACAGACAAGUGCUGAGAUAGUGUCAGAAGCUCGUCGCUCUCUCAGAACUCUUGCCACACAGCGGCCUUUCACACCUCAGGAGAAGCAUCGGCAGCUCUUUGAAGAAUCAUCUUCUCGUGCACAUGAUGGACGACCACCAUCUGCAUUCAGUCUACAUGCCCGACAUUUUGAAGCUCCUGACUCCAGGCCAGGCUCUGGAACUCGUCUUAGCCCACUGGAACAUAAACCCAGCCUGUCUGUGUCCCUGGAUGAGGAUGGCGGUGUUGAGGAAGCAACUCUUCCCAAACCCCCAGCUGAACGAGGGAAUACAAGGAUAGGAUCAGGAGGUUCUCGAGCCAGACUGCUUAGAGCAGCAUCCAUAAACAGACUACCACCCAUGACACCAAACACAAAGAAUAUGUCUCUAGAGUCAAGGAUCGGAGCAGACCAACCAGGUGACAGAGAAAAGCUACACUGUGCUGAUGUUACAGAGCAUGAAACAAAAUCAUCCUCCGAAACAGACCUGCACAUACUUAUCAAACACAGAAUACCGCAAACUGAUGUAUCCAGUGAAAGAGGAUCAAAACCAGAAGUCAAGCUUGGGCAUGGAGACACAGGAGAUGACAACAUGGAUGAAUCUGUGUUCUGGAACAUUAAAAUCUUUCCUGUCCUUCAAGAAUUUGAGUCUUUUGCACAAGGUGAUGCCAUGUCAGAUGAGAUAGUGGGAGAGCUGUGUAACGCAUGCAAUGGUCUCUAUAACGCCCUGGCAGAGAGAGGAAUGCUGGGAAGGCAGUGUAAAAAGAGGUCUGCCAUCCUUAGAACACUCUUCAGGCUUAUAGAUGUGGGAUCGGACCGACUUAACCUAACAUUAGCCAAACUUAUUCUGGCACUCAGUGUGACUGGAAACAACUUGCUGAACAUCUGCAAACUUGUCUUCAAAAUCAGCCGGAACGCUAGUAACGACACCCUGUUCCUAAACGGCUGCAUCCUAGACUCCCUACUGUCUCUGCUCCAUUGUGAGGAUGUGUGGAGUAAAGGUGAAGCUGUGCUGUACUGUGUCGGCUCACUGAAGCUCCUCUCAGGGAACGCCGCCCUCUCCAGGCUGCUGCUGUCUAAAGGCUUUAUCGGCGUACUACUGCAGCUGUCAAAAAGACUGAUGCAUGGUCCAUCUACUUCAGCUAAUGUAACUUCUCACAAGUCAGAGGGAGAAGGUCAGCAUAUCAUCGCAGGACACAUACUGGUACAGGUCACAGCUGCUUUGAGAAAUAUAGCUGACCAGUCUGAGUCUCGGCCUUCCUUCCUGUCCAACAAGGCAUUCUCUACUCUUUGCUUGAUUCUGGAGAACCACCGCAGUGACAUUGACAUCUGCAUUAAUGUGGCCCGAAUAUUCAGCAAGCUGUCCACCUACACUGAAUGCUGUCAUGCACUAGCUGAGACGCCACGCUGCUGCAGCCUAUUUUUGGACCUGCUAGGCAAAUACAGCAGGAAACAGGAUCUGGUAGUGCGUCUCCUGUUCACACUAGGAAAUCUGACAGCCAAGAGCACUGAAGCCAGAGAGAGAGUCUAUGAAGAGGAAGGCGGGAUAGAUGUCCUCUUAGAUCUUUUUCAGGUCUACCAGGAAACACCAUCGCCCCCUGAGCAAUUCCGUGCCCCUGAGAGAGAGGACGUCCUGGUCAAACUGAUCAGACUGCUGGCCAACCUGGCCAUCCAUCCCACCGUGGGCACGGCACUAGCUGCCAACACACUGUGUGUACAGCUGCUACUGGAAGUGCUGGAGUGCAGGUGUGUACAGGAAAGUGAAGAAUUAGUGGUUAAUGCCGUGGCCACCAUCAACAACCUGUCUUUCUACCAAGGCAUGAGCUCAGUGGUCCGUGCCCAGCACACACACAUCUCACAGUUGCUAUUAAAGCUCUUGCUGAGCUCCAGUAUGGAUGCUGUUUUGGAGGCCACAUGUGUGUUUGGAAAUCUGUCGCAGAUCAAAGAUGUGAGACACUUCAUCAUGCAGCACAAAGUGGAGCAGUAUGUGGUAACCCUCCUGGACUCCAAGACCCCUGAUGUGUGUUUUUCUGCAUGUGGAGUUCUCAUCAACCUAUCUGCAGAUCCAGACAACAGGGCCAUGCUGAGGGCCGAGGGAACUGUUCAGAAGCUUAUUGACUGUCUGCGUGACUUCGGGCCUCAGGACUGGCAUCUGGCCACUGUUGUGUGUCAGACUCUGUGGAACUGCUCUUUAGAUGGAGAGCUGCAACACGCUGAAGAGCUGUUGGAGAUCUUGUGGCUCUACACAGACAGAGGAGCUUUGCAGUGGCCUUCUGAUGAUGGAGUCAGACAGGUCCAGGAAGCAUGCUGGGAGCUGCUGUUUUUGCCUGUAGCUGAGAGGCUUAGACAGCGUUUUCAUAUUGAAGACACUAUUGGAAUCAUUCCGUAAGCUCCACUGACACACUCCUCCUCUCCAGAUGUCACAUGCUCGUCUGUGUGUGUAUUUGCAUGUACUUUAUGUACACCUACAAGCUGAGGAAAGAGCCAGUGUGUAUAUUGCACUUUAAUACAAUAUCUCUUUUAAUGUUGUGAACUUAUGUUGUGAAUACUAAUAGGGAAUUUGUCAAUUAUGACCAACACAUUUUUUAAAAAUAAAAUAGUUCAAAUGUUUAUUACACAACCUUAUGCUGCUGUAUUUAGCUUGAAUAGGAGAAAGCAUGGAUUGUGUCAGACACAGAAAGCAAGUCUUAUGUUCAUGAACACCACACUAAUGUACAUGCAAAAAUCACUCACGAGCAUCUCCGUGAUCUCAAAGACUUUAUUAAACAGACACUUCCAGAAAAGUCUGUAAAGAACACAGGAUAGAAACAUUGUCAUAAUUUCUUAAUACAAUCACAUCAAACUGAUAUAAUAUGGCACUGGCUUCCCUCCUCUUAACCGGUUAACACUUCACAGUUACAGUCUAUACAUUACUAUGAAGUUUACACAGCUGCCCUAGAGGUGACCUACAUACAUGCUUAAAAACCAAUGACCAAAAUUUGAUUUUUGUUAAGUUUAUUUAAUCACUAUUUACUGAGAUUUAACGUUUUCCUCUCAGUCUUCGUUGUGUAUUGUCUGAAGCUGUUUAACUCCUGUACAAUAUCCAAGGGACUUUUUCAGAAAAGAACAAGAUACUUUAUCGUUAUUAAUAGGGGAACCCAACUUCUCACAUUAUUCUUUUAAAAUGAGCAACAACUAGCCUAUGGUGAUUUCCAUUUAAUGACCAUUUACAGGCACUAAAUGACCACCAGCCUCAUAACCACAAACAAAUAGGGAAAUUACAAACAACAAAAGGGAAAAUUUCCUUAUUUAUGCAAACAGGCAUGGUUCCAAGGUUAACAAUGUUACUUGCUUUAAUCCUCGCUGUGAGAGGACAAAUUGCCACGUUCAACAUUGUGUUGAAAUCAUUAAUGCACAGCAGGGGAUGCUUUUCUAUAGGCCUGUAGUGUCUGUGCCGAUAUAUUGCUUUGCUACAAGGGUCUCUACUGUUAGGUGGAUGUUCAUGGACAUAAAAACAUUGAUUAUGUGACCUAAAAGCUAUAUAAACGAUAUCUUAGUGUUAUUAUUGUUAAUAAGCAUAUAAAUAACCUUCAGUUCUCAUAAUAUGAGGUGUUUGGACUGCUCAAAUCUUUUUUUUUUUUGCAAUUAAUAAUGAAUAACAAUAAUUGUUUGGUGUAAUGCAUCAUCAUCUGUGACUUUCAGGGAAGAAAAAGACUUCAGAUUAAAUUACAAAUGAUACAACCAGUGAAAUACCAUGUUUUAUUUUUUUUUACAAAUAAUUUCUUAUAAAAUUGUCAGUAACUGACAUCAGUCUCUCAAGUCUGACUUAAAACCUCCUCCAAAAGAAAAAGUACCAUCCCUCUAGUCCUGCCAUCAUCAGAAUGCAGUACUUAACUGGUUUAGUAAACAAAAAAAGACAGCAGAGAAUCCACCCCGCUUGAAAAGAAAACACAUGCGCACACACACACACACUCGAAACAAAACUGUUUAGUUACACUGGUUAAAGUUCUGAUAAUGAGAACAAGCAUGGUGUAACCCCACAAGCGUGCGGUCAUGCGGGUCGCCUGGUUCAGCCUCUAGCUCUGUACAGAUUAUAGCGCAUGACAGGCAGCCACAUAAGACAAGGUUCUGCUAACCAGACAGCACUUAGAUAUUUAAGGAUACAUAACAGGAGGUAUUUAAAUUAAUAAACCCCAAAAUAAAAACAAGGAGUUAAGAUGACCGUGCGUUAAAAGGAAGAAGGCGGAUGGAUCAGAGCAACAGGAAGCACGUCACAAAAGGAAGACCUUUCCACUUUGAAAGUUGCUAACACAAAUGAAAAAAAAGAUAGAAAGCGGUCAUCGAAACAAAAUGGCUACAUAACAGCUGAAGCUUAACAUU